AAAGUCUCGCCUUUUUGCCGAAGCCCUUUUGGCAGUAGAAAAAAAGUCACACGCCGCCGUAGGCCAUAUAGAGGGAUCUUUCGCGAUUAUCGCGCACUUUUAGUGAUCUCUGUAGUGUCUUUGUUUGUGCCACUUUGAGUGUCGUGAAUUGGGCACAAUGGCAUGAAGUGUGAUUCACGAGCAAAUCGAUCGAUCGUCGCGACUGAUCCGAUGAAUUAUGUGCCACUUUCGCGAUUGGUUCUUGUGUAACGUUGCCCAGUGAUCGUCGAAGAGUCCCUGCACGAUGGGAAAUUUGCUAUCAGUGCUGAUUGGGUGUGUCGGAGCCGUGGAAUUGAUCACUCUUCUCCAUCAAAUCACCACAAGGGCGGAGUUGGAGUAUGAGAGGCUGCGACUCUCGGAAUCGGGAUCAGAAUACAUUGUCCAGGAGCAUGCUGACAGUCUCGAGAGCAUCAGCACGGCGCCAGUGCCACAAAUCCACUUUGAGGAGUACGAAAGGUCAAGUUCAGUGCCUGAGAGUUCAGCGCCAGUUGUCGAUGGGCUGAAGACGCGACCUUUGGUGAGGGACGAUGGCACUGGCAGGAGGAGAGCCUUCAAGAAGAGGGACUCCAGCGGCAGCCUCGACUCGAAACUCUCGCGCGAGGAGGAGCUCAAGAUGUUCACAUCGCUGGAGGAGGAGGAGUUCAGGAGCAUGACACAGGGUGAUUAUGUGCCAAUAAGUUACAACAGUGAGUCUGGGCUGAAGGUGAAGAAGCACCACAAGAGGCACAGGAAGAGUCCAACCAUUAGUGAUGCUCUUCGCGAGUCCACGGGAACUUUGAGCUCCUCUGAACUCACCGAGGAGACGCUGAGUGAGGGAACGGAGGAUGAGGUGUCCUAUCCUUGGGGUGAUAUUAAUCCUGAGCACCACAAAGGGCUGAGGCAACAAAUGCAGAAGACUCACUCGAUUGGGGAUCUCAAUGAGGAGGAUGAGAAGCUGGCUUCGAGUGCAGAGAGUGGCGCAGAUUGGAGGAAGAAUGCCGAAAGAGCGACGAAAAUUGCCGAGACGGACGCUUCCGCCGAUGUAACCGUAAGUAGUGCGGAGUGGAAGAACUCUGGCGAGUUUGAGGCUGUCCCAACAAGCUUUGCAUGCGUAGAGCAGGAUGAGCAGAUCCCGGAGCUUGAGGAUGAGGCGAAAGUUGAAGAGUGGCUCAGCCAGGGACGCUUGAGGGAUUCCUUCUCCCCAACAGCCACACUCACGCGCUCCAAGCGGUGCCUUCAGAUGGACUCCAUGGACGUUCAGGACGGAGACUCAGAGUCAGAAGGCGCAGUUGAACUAACACCUGAGGAUUUAGAUAUAGUGAUUGUUGAGGCUACUCCUAUUCUUAACCACUUUGAUGAGGCCAAAGAUGAAAACAGCGAAGAGACGUACUCCUAUUUGGAUCUCUCGGCAGAUGAGAAGGAGGAGAUUCUCAUGGAAUUGUCACAUAAAUCUUCAUCACCCGUAGAGGUUUCCCGGGAAUUCCUCGAGCAUGAGAGGCAGGCAGAAGUUGAGGAGGAAUCAGUGGUGUCUGGAGAGGAGGAGAUUGAGGAUUUUGAUGAUAUUGUAAAUGCCCUGAAGAAGAAUGUGGCGAAAGAAGAGAUACAAUUUGAGGAUCUGGUUGAAGAUGCAUCACCGACUUCCGAGAAAAGUGACAUCUUCACGCUGUCGCCGGAGAAAGAGAAGGCGAAAGACGAGGCGAAACAUGAGGGAGAAUGUAGUGAUGAUGAUGAUGAGGAGGAAGAGAGUUUGAAAUUUCCCGCAAAAUCCUUUGCGGCCUAUAAUGAAUUUCCCACAGAAGACAACAUCCCGCCCAGUGAGACUUCCGGCGGCAGUAAAUCACGCUGUGAGAUUCUGGAGGCGGUGAGGAGGGAGAAUCGCCGGAGGCAGAGGAAUGGCGGUCCAGACAGAUACUACGCGCCCAGGCCUUCUGUGAUAGACUUCCCAACGCGGCUGCAGCAAUCCAAUGCGGCCCUUGAGGAGCAAUUGAAGUUAAUUUUCAGUGGCGAGUACACGAAAGCCAUGUCCAAGGAUUGGCACACCACCCACUUCUGCUGCUGGCAGUGCGACGAGUCGCUCACUGGACAGCGCUACGUCCUCCGCGACGAUCAUCCCUAUUGCAUCAAGUGCUAUGAGAAUGUCUUUGCCAACACUUGCGAGAGCUGCAACAAGAUAAUUGGAAUUGACUCCAAGGAUCUCUCGUACAAGGACAAGCACUGGCACGAGGCGUGCUUCCUCUGCAACAAAUGCCGCAUUUCGCUGGUGGACAAGCAAUUUGGCUCGAAGGCAGAUCGAAUUUACUGUGGCAAUUGCUAUGAUCAACAAUUUGCCUCGCGAUGCGACGGCUGUGGCGAGAUCUUCAGAGCCGGCACCAAGAAGAUGGAGUACAAGACGAGGCAGUGGCACGAGAAGUGCUUCUGCUGCUGCGUGUGCAAGACACCCAUCGGGACCAAGUCCUUCAUCCCGCGCGAGCAGGAGAUCUACUGCGCCGGAUGCUACGAGGAGAAGUACGCCACGCGGUGCAUCAAGUGCAACAAGAUCAUCACCUCCGGCGGCGUGACGUACAAGAACGAGCCGUGGCACCGUGAGUGCUUCACCUGCACCCACUGUUCCACCUCGCUGGCCGGGCAGCGCUUCACCAGUCGCGACGACAAGCCCUACUGCGCCGACUGCUUCGGGGAGCUCUUCGCCAAGCGAUGCACUGCGUGCACCAAGCCGAUCACUGGAAUCGGCGGAACGCGAUUCAUCUCAUUUGAGGAUCGCCACUGGCACAACGACUGCUUCAUUUGCGCUCUCUGCAAGACAUCUCUGGUGGGACGCGGCUUCAUCACUGACGGAGCCGAUAUCAUCUGUCCGGAGUGCGCGAAGCAGAAACUAAUCUAAGAAGGAACCGCGCCGAACCUUCCCUGUUCUUGUUCUUAUGACAGCAAUUUUAAAAACCAUUACUUUCGAGGUGGUCAAACAUGAUGGAAAAAAUGUACUCAUUUUAGGGAUUUUAACAGUGUCCGCAAUUUUAUUCUCUCUGUUCUUCCCAUGUUUUUGUAGAACACAAACAAUCAUUUUGUAGAGUUUUUUUUAUAUAUAUGUUAUUCUUUCUAAUAAUAUAUUGCCAUUAAUUUUGCGGUAGACUUUUUUUCUUUAUUUUUUAAUCCAACAUAAUUUAUUAGGAAUCUGACGAUUUAGAGGAGAAGAGAAGAGCUUAAAAGUGUGAGAAGAAUCAAUGAUAUAUUAACUCCUUAAAUUUAAUUGUAGAGACAAUCUAAUUUCACAAUAUUUUCACUAAAUAUAAAUUGAUGACUCCUGUUUGAUGAAAGCAAAGAAAAAAAAAGUGAAGAAGAGUGAAAAGAAGCAAAUUUUUUCAUUAUGACUUUUGUGAAAUUUUGACUCUAGUCAAAAUGUUGCGAGAAAAGUAAUUAAAUCUUAUUCUCUGUAUAAUUAAGAUCUUAUCUUAAGUCAAUGAUCAAAAAAAAAGAAAUAUGUCUGUAUAAAGAAGAUAAUGCCAAUUAGUUGUUAAACAAGGCAGAAAAGAGUUAUAUUUAGUCAGUUUUGCAAUAGUGCGAGCGCUUUGAUUUGUUCUUUUCUUGGCAAUAACGCGUCAUAUAGAGAGUUGUAAUGAUUGAGAAUGAAAUUAGAUGAGAAACUAUGACAAUUUUAGAGAUUAUUAACAUUAUUAAAGUAAAUGGAAUGUAAUAAAUGAACAAAAGGUAAUGCAGAAAUAUUCUAUUAGUGGGGAAAAGAGUGUUAAGAAGAAGGAAUCUAUCUCUAUACUUAAUACUACGGCCUAUUCACAAAAGUUGCCUUCUUUUAUAAAAAAAAAGUACCAGAAAAAAAUGAUACAAAAAGAAAAAUACUACAUAUUACAUUAAUAUCUCUUAGCGGUGUGUUUGUCGAAUAAAGAACAAGAAAAUAAAAACAAUGUGAAGAUAAAUUCUGAUUAGAAGAGAGCAUAAUCAUUGAGAUGCAUCUAUUUUUCUUAGGCAGAAGAAGAAGAAAAACUUGUCCUGGGACUAAAGUAACUUUGAGAACAUCUUAUUUUCUCAGCAUGAUCAAAAUUCAAAAAGAUAAAGAGAAUAAAAGAAGUUUUUCUUCCGUUCUGUAGUUAAAAUAUUGAUCAUAGUGUAAAGAGAAUCAUAUGUUACUACAUGUUUAACAUAACUGUUGCACAUCUUUCAUGUAAUUUACAUUUUUUGUUUUCUUCUUUUCUUUUGAACAAAUAAAUUUAUUAAAAACAUUAACAA